UUCCUUCUUUAUAAGUCCUAACAACUUGGGAAACAAAGAAAGUAAAAAAGAGUUACACAGAAACUCAUAGGAAAUUGCAGCAGUAAAUAGCUUUACCAACAGUUAUGUAGCACCAGUAACUAUCAACACUAGUAUUUAUUCACUCACUCUCUGCAAAAGCCGCCUCAUAACUCAGUUUCUCACUCACUCACUCACUCACUAGCCUUAGCUUAAACAUAAACUCAUAGACCCAGAAGCUAAAUCAAGAAAUUAAAGCCUUAUGGUCAUAACAACUUAAUGUGCACGCCACCACAGAGGAGGAGAAAGCAACAGUUGAAACUCUGCAGAUUUUGCAAGUUUUUUAGGGUUUUUCAAACUCGCACUCAGUUCAACAUACUGCAAAUAGAUUAUUAAGUAAAAAAGAAAUGCUGGAGUAUGAAUGGGGAAAUCCAUCCAAUAUUUUGCUCGGAGCCGAAGAUCAAACUCAAGACCAAGACCAAGACCAAAACCAAAACCAAAACCGCCAUAUUUUCGACCAUUACACCGCUCAAUCUCUCCACGAUAACCUCCUUCAACAACCGCCGGCAGCUACUUCCUUUUUCCACCAGCCAAACGCUCAACAUCAUCACCAAGUAAACUCACUCUAUGACCCACGCGCCUACGCCGGCGCGUCUUCCUACACUUCUCCUCAUAACUCCCUUCUUUCCCUAGACCCAAUUCCAACCCAGACUGGACCCGGUCCGUCGUAUUUUCUUGUCCCUAAAGCUGAAGAAGUUUCUAGACCUCAUCAAGAUUAUACGGCGAGAAUUGGCCUUAAUUUGGGCGGUCGGACCUAUUUUUCUUCGACUGAGGAUGAUUUUGUGAACCGCCUUUAUCGCAGGGCCCGGCCGGUUGAACCGGGUUCUUCUAAUGCACCAAGGUGUCAAGCUGAAGGGUGUAAUGCUGAUCUAACUCAUGCUAAGCAUUACCACCGGCGCCAUAAGGUCUGUGAGUUUCAUUCUAAAGCUUCUACUGUUAUUGCAGCCGGGUUGACUCAGCGAUUCUGCCAGCAGUGUAGCAGAUUCCAUCUUCUUUCAGAAUUCGACAACGGAAAACGCAGUUGCCGGAAGAGGUUGGCCGAUCACAACCGCCGCCGGCGAAAAUCUCACCAGAUUAAUAAUAACCAAGAAGCUAACAAGUCACAACCUGAAACUGCCCUCAAUUCUUCUUCUGAAAAUCUCACAAGGUCUCCACCGGAUUCCGGAACUCAAAACUCACCGUCGUCCGUGACAAUGGCGGUAUCACCACCUCGAAUGUUUUUGGAUUGUUUCAAGCAAAGACCAUAUCACCAGGCAACAAUUUCUUCUUCUUCAGCAUCAUCAAGCUCACUGUUUUUCUCAAGUGGGUAAUUAUGUCACUGAAAAAAAAAACUUUUUAGCAGUAACAUAGUGUUACAUCUAAUUUUCUAAUUAAUGUUUACCCUUAAUUAUUAAAUUGGUGUUAAUUAUAACAUCAAAUGGAGUACCAACAUAAAUAUUUAUUAUUCUACUUAUAUAUGCAAUUUAAUGAUGUUCAUUAUUUA